GCACAAAAGGGGCUUACUUCUAAAAGGCUUGGCAGCCUUGCUUAGUUAAAAACAUCAAAAAUGUAUUAGGUUUUAAUGUUUUAUAAUAUUUUACAACCACUCUAUUUUCUUGUAAUAUUAUUUGGCCAUGCGUUUACUUACUUGGUACUUUUAACAAGAAAAAGAGGUCUUUACGUUUGAAAUGUGCUAUCCGUGUCGGUGUCCCAGGAGGAGCAUCAGCUGCCAUGGAGGAGAAACUUGUUGUCCUCGGCCUUAUUGCCAUCAGCGUUCUUGCUCCACUGGCAAUUCUCGCGUCAUCUUCCCUGGGGAGUUUCAAAAGUUCUCGGACAUGAUCCCACCUAGUUUUCUUGUAACGGAGCCAAAGUGCCGAAACGUUAAAAAGAAAUCAAAUUGUGCAAAUCAAGCUUCCAAGGUGGUAAAAGAUUCAGAUUGUGGGGACAAAGGACAAAGAAGUAAAUCAUGCGAUCCCGAAGAACCAAGAUGUCCAGAAGAAUUAGGAUUAUCAGGGGAACCCGGAUUUUCAAGAGGUCUUGGAACAGGACUGGUGGACUGCUGUCAACCCACAGAUAUGCCUUGGUAUGAAACCAACUGUAUGCCUUCUCAACCCCAAUGGGUAGAUUAUGGAUGUCCUGGUCCUGUUUGCUGUCCAAUAGACCGUCAGGGAUUCAAUUCUGAACUCCGAGCAGCAGGACUGCCUUCUAAGCGUUCGCCUCCAUUUAAUCCCUGCACAGGACAAGUUUAUCAGUGUGCAAAUCCGCAAAUGGUAGAAGGAAACCCCAACGCUAUUGGUCAGACAUAUAACCAAAUCUGUCAGGGCGUAAACAUAUGCUUUAGUCCUGCCAACACUUGUUUUCAGUUCACUCCUUGUAAUUUCGGAGGAGCAAACUCAGACGAAGCCAAUCAAAAUCAACCAUAUUACCAGUUUUGUCAGUGUGCCAACAUGGGUCCCGGUCCUGGAACCCCGUCUUCAGAAGAUCCCAGUUCAUUAUCACCUCAGGGUGAUAAUAGAUCAAAGGAUCAUAGAAAGGGAAAAGAAAGGAGAGAACAAAGCGUAGCCAAGGCAACGAAAAACCAACGCCAUCAGUAUAAUCAGAAUAACUGCGAAGAGGGCGGAAACUUAAACGAAGCUAAUCGAAAUCAAGCAAAUAACCGAUUCUAUCAGGGCGUUAACAAUGGCCUCGGACCUCCUAACCCGUAUUAUUUAUACAACGGCGGAGAUGGUACACUAGGUCCUUCUUCAGAACAUCCCAGGUCAGCACCUCAGGGUGAUAGUAGAUCAAAGGAUCAUAGAAAACGAAAAGAAAUGAGAGAAGGAAACGUAGCCAAGUCAACCAAAUCGAGACAAGGUCCCACCGCUAGCCAGCGCCAUCAGUAUAAUCAGGAUAACUGCGAAGAGGGCGGAGACCUAAACGAAGCUAAUCGAUAUCAAGCAUAUUACCAAUACUGUCAGGGCGUUAACUUGGGUCUUAAUCCUGCUAACCCGUAUUAUCUAUACAACGGCGGAGAUGGGACACCAGGUCCUUCUCCUCAGCAUCCCAGGUCAUCACCUCAGCCUGAUAAUAUAUCAAAAAGUCAAAGAAGUGUAGCCAAGGCAACUAACGCUAGCCAGCGCCAACAAUAUAAUCAAGAAAACUGCGAAGAGGGAACACAAUCAAACGACUUUAAUCGAGGUCAAAUAUAUAAGGAUCCACGGCAAGUUUGUCAACAUCCAACAUAUUCUGGCCAAGUGUCCCAAGGUGGUAAAAGGUUAGCGUAUCAAGAAAAAAUAAGCGAAACCAGAGAAGUUCCCCGAUCUAAUCACCACAAUCGAUAUAAUUCCCAGGAUUGCAGAGAGGAAACAAUAGAUCGUAGACAAAAUCCUCAAGCACAACAAUCUGGACGAGUUUCUCAUCAGAAUCCAACUGCUGGCCAUGUUUCUCAAACAAAAAGAAUCGAAUUAAGAGAUGCUUCAAGAUCUCGUUCUCAAAAUUUAAGAAAGGAAUCAAUAGAUCCUAGAAAAUCUCCUCAGACAAAUUCACCUGUCAAUCGAGUCCCUCGAUCUACUCAUAGAUCGAAAUCUCUAGAGCCGCGAACCGAAUCAAGAGGAGACAACUUAGCCAGAAAACCCCAACCAAGCAGAUCAGGAACCAUAAGUUCUGAUCGAGUUCCUCGUGCUGAUGCCAGGUCAAGGUCCUUGGGAAAACAAAACGAAUCAAGAGAUCAUCCCUCUAAAAAUAAACCUGAAUCUAAUUUGAAUUUCUAUAAACAAAAUGUGGGCAUGAACUUCGGGCCCUCAAAUGAGCACUAUAUAGCCAAUUAUACUCCACCCGAUCCCAUCUAUACUACUACAUUGGAUUCCACUUUGUGUGACUCGGGUUCUCCAAGGGAACGAAACGAAUCGAAGAGAGGGAAUACAACUAGGAAUUAUGGGCAAUCCAGACAAGAAAGUCUCCCGGAAUAUCAACCAACUUGUGGAGCUCCUUAUAACCUGCGAUUUAAUCCCACCAUUCAGUACUCUAACCAAUGUUACAGUCCUCCAUCCCCAGAGAAAUUGAGGACAACAAAAGAGAAGACCCACAACCUGCCUUCCAAUGACCGUUCGCAGCUUCUCAACCGCUCUCGCGAGACCGGACAAUUUUAUGAUCUGCAGAUGCCUAAAGAAACUUUUAACCAGCAGCCGGUUUCGGCAAAGAAGUGCAUGUGCAAGCCAACGCUCUCAGAAAUACUCGCAAAUGAAAUAUCAUCACAGCCGCAUGUGCUCCUGCUCAAGAAACGAUUGAAUAAAUGUCCUGCAGAGCAACAGGGCUCCGGACAUGUGCUCAUGCUCAAAAAGCAAAUGGACGGACAGAAGAAAAGUCCUGCAGAGCAGCAGAGCUCCGAGCCACAGGAGAAAUGCAGCUACGAUUAUCAGGAGGAUGACUGCAGCAGCUCAGACACGGAGGAACCCAAAAACUCCCCUUGCACGGAGAAACCCGUCAACUGCCCGUGCAAGGAGGAGGCCAACUACUGCAAGAAUGGCGCUGGUGUUGAUGCCGCUAUGUCCGCCGGGUGCACCAACAGAUGUGGAUGGAUGACAUGUCCUAAUCCCUGGCCCUGUUGCUGCGGUCGCUUCAACGGACCCUGCAACAGUUCCUUUAUCGGUCCCUGCAAAAGUUCCUUCAUCGGUCCUUGCAAUAGUACCUUCCUCGGUCCGUGCAAUGGUCCUUGCAACGGUCCCUGGAACAGGCCCCGCAGCGGUCCCUGCAAUGGUCACCUCUGCUACUACGGGAACUGCUGCAGUGGUUGUGGAAACUGCUGCAAUUACCGCUGCAAUCCCUGCGGUGGCUGUUUUUGCCAACCGUCGGCAGGCCCGGCCAAGACUGGCAAGGAUUCUGGGAAGUCCAAGGAAAAGCAAGAGGGUAAUAGGACUUUUCACAGUCGAAGACUAGGCGGUACCGCCGGGAACAAUCGAACUUACAGUAGCCUGCGGCCAACAUCUACAUUUGGCAAUUUCAUUCCGGCGCAUCCAACCAUGCAAGGGUAUUUUCCAACACCGCCGCCCCAAUACAUCUCUCCGUACAGUGGACACUGGCAAGCGGGCGAAGUACUAUUGAAUCCGAUGUUUUCCAAUCAAAAUACCCUGGACAGCUAAAAGCGCCACUGACACGCCAAUCAUAGUCAUGUUUAAAUUUUUCGUUGAAAUAUUUUUAACACUUUUAACACGAGUCUACGCCUAAUAAAAAAUUGUUUAUUAAAACCAA